UGGAAUAAUGUUUUUUUUAAAAAUAAAUUUUAUCAUUUAUAUUCAUUUUGUAUUUUUCCAGGGCUUUACAAAAGAUUCCGAUUGUGGUAAAAUUAUUGCUUUGAAUGAUUUUUCCUCCCAAAUCAUUUUGAGAGAAAUUUUUGAGUUUAUUGGGCACACAUAUGUUGAGAUAGUGUUUGGUAUAUAUAUAUAUAUAUAAAAUACACUCAUAGUCUCGAUUUUACUAGUAAAUUAGAUUAAGAAUACUCCCUAUAUUAACAACCAUCAAAUCUAUGUUUAUUAAAUUUUGUACCAUGAAUGUGGUGGAGAAUUCUAUUGUCACACAACUUAUACCUUUCUUUUUAUGGGAUAAAUACUGUCCAUCAAAAACUAAUUAAAGCAAUAUAAAAUUAUUUUCAGCUUUUGAUACAAAAAAUUAUACAAAAUAGAAAAACUAAACUUACAAUAGAAGUAAAAGUUUUAUACAAAUAUCAAAGUCCCGUAGUUAUAUGAUAAAAGUCAAAUCAAUAUGUUUGGGAGCUUGUAUUUUAAAUUUUAGAUUUGUAUUUGAUCGAAACAAAAUAAAGUACAAAAUUAUGUUGUGUUUUGCUAACAUUCACAGAAAUUUAGUCAGCAUCAAUAGAAAUUUAAAUUUAACAAUUAAAAUUUAUGCUCUCAAACACAAUCUAAAUAUAAAUAUCUCAUAUUUAAAAACAUGAAUUUUGGACUAAUUUGGAUUUGUGUGAAUUUGAAUAAUUCAAUAUAAUAAUAGAUAAUUUUAGACUUGAAGGUAUAUUUUGGGAAAAAUUAUAUAAAUAUAUUGGGUAUGUAUAUUUAAUUUAAUUAAAUAAAAAUUUUGAUAUGUAAUAAAAUUAUAUUAAAUUCCAUAUAUACAAUAUAUUUAAUAUCAAAUAAUUUCUCGUAUUUUGUCUUGUUAUAUGAUUCUCCUCUCCUAGUUGUCAAAGCUGAGGUGGUGCACCAGCAGCGGCGAGCACUGUUUCCGAGCUUCGAGAUCAAAGUCUCGAGCAAGGUUCCGAAUCUAUGGCUCCGCGCUCCGUCUCAGAAGAGAACACGACACUGCCCGGCGCACGUUAGAACCCGCCGCCACCACGCCGGUAUCCUUCGAGCGAUGAUCUCUCUCAGUCCCAGUCCGAGUCUCAGUCUCGGUCUCACCAUCAAGCCUCUCGGCUUCUCGUUUUCGCCCCACAAUCCUAAACCCUCACUAAACCCCAGGAGAAGGCCCAAACAGCGAAGGAUCGGAAGGGGGACAUGCCGGGCAGAGUUCUCGCAGGACGCGCCUUUGGCCAUUGCCAUCGGGGCUUGCAUGCUCAAUUCGCUGGUUUUCCCCAUUCCUUCUUGUCCGGACGGUGAUGGUGACUCCGUGAUGGAUUCCACCGAUGCGAGGUUCGCUGUCAUGGGGGUCAUCAGUUUUAUACCCUACUUCAAUUGGCUGAGCUGGGUAUUUGCGUGGCUGGACACUGGUAAACGGCGCUAUGUUGUGUAUUCAAUCGUGUACUUGGCUCCCUAUUUGAGGUCAAAUUUGUCACUAUCACCUGAAGAGAGCUGGCUGCCUAUUGCUAGUAUUGUCUUCUGCAUUAUUCACGUUCAGCUGGAGGCAAGUAUCAGAAAUGGAGAUCUUCAGGGUUUUCAAAUAUUUAAUGAGGUUGUGAAGUAUCUUCCCUUUGUUGUUAGAAAGAAAGAUGGUCAUCCGAAGAGCCAAAAGAUAUCGGGGAAGGGAAGGGUGGGGGGACAUAGGAACCUACCUUCUGCUGAUGAACAAUCGAGAAAUGAGAUCGAAGGGUGGGGAGUUCCUCGAGAGCCCUCGAAGGAUCCCAAACACUUGAAUAAAGACCAGGGUGAUGACAGACGAAGUAAACAUUAGAAACCAUAGAGCUGCUUAUGGGUGAGAGUUGAACAGAAGAUUCUCGAGAUGUCUGCCUAAUCAUUCCCACGAUUAAUUUAUAAUUCGUGCUAACAUGUGCUCUUAUUUCAACGUUGCUGCAUUGAUUCCUCAGUGUUUCCAUUUUAUGGUCAGCAUCGUCAUUAGAACUAAAGCUUGUAGAUUUUAUUAUGGGAUCUUGGGUACUUGAUGGAAGGUAGAAGAGUGGCUACAGAGGCGUUCAUUGAGAGGACCACUGGACCUUGGUGGCUUCACAACCAGACUCUCUCGUUGUGUUCUACUCUUUCCAUAAUCUCUCUCUCCAUAUCAGAAAUCUCUGAAAGAAAAAUUAGCUUAGAGUUCUAGGUUUUCCAUAAUUUGCUUUUGUAUUUUGUUUCAAUCUUUAAGGUGGCGUUUGUUGUUCUGAGAGGAUUUAAAUUUCACUCAACUAUGUUUAUAGUUUCUUGCUGUGGGUUACCUCUCCUGCAUGUAUACCCAUUUGAUAAAAAUAACAAUAAUAAUAAUGGAAUUUGAAGGGGAA